AGCAACGCACAAUGCACUUUCUUUUCCAGACUGAACUUGCCAAACACUGAAAGGGUGAGGGUGUCCUGCUGUAGGUCAGACUCUGCAGGGAAAUUUAUUCGAAACAUCGGCCUGCUGGAGCCAAAAUUAGAAGCCCACACGCGCACAGAUGCACGCGGAGGAGGAGGAAACCUGACAUGGGCCAGCUUUCUUCUAUUACACAGCCCAGACGACUUAAACGACGUUCAUUCCGAGCAUGGACCAGGAAGCCAAUAAUUCUGAGUAGCACCAUGAGGUCAGACGUGUAACCUUAGAAUUGGGUUGAGUUUGCAUAAAUGGUAAGGGAUGAUGCUCAUGGGGAUGAAUGACAAUCAGAUGCUGCGUGUGCUGAAGCAACAAUGAUGCGUAAAGCUCCAUCCAGAUAAUACAAAUUGACUGUUCAUUGACUGUCAUUUAAAUGUUAAAUGAAUAAAUAACCUAAAUGUAAUUUUAAGAUUGAAUAAUUUAUCCAUGUAUUAUGCAUUUUACUCCAUUCUUACAUAGUACAAAAUCAACAAAAAAGACUCGUGCGCCCUCAGACGUCUUGCUGGUUUUGUUGGUUCAUCAAAUUAUAAAAUAUUACAUAUUUAUGUGGCAGCAGCAUUGGGCUUUCCCUCCUCGAAGAUUCUCGUCCAGCCGCCCCCUCAGUGCGCUCCAUUUGGCGAUGCGGAAGGGAGAUUCCUCUGCUCUUCCAGUCAUGUCCCCCCGCCCCUCCUCUAUGAUGUUACCGUUACGCACCACUGCAAUAAACGGAGAGCUGACUCUCCGGGGCGAAUCCCUGCCGACGUCACUCCGGCGCUUUAUAAAAAGGCUGAGCAGUGACUCUGAUCAGACUAAAGCAAACCUGCCUUUUCCACUACAAUCGUUUUUUACUUCAAGGAUUACUGCCUUCGUUGGAUUUAUUUGCCAGCAUCUAAUAAGCACAAUGACUUUAAACAAGGGUGACAAAUUGCGGAAUAUGGACAAGAGAAGAGGGAGCGUCCCGUUUCCAGUCAACCUCCCCAACCUGCACAGGAGGAGCAUGCCGGUGGAUGACCGGGACCUGCGCGCCACGACGCCGCAGACGGGACAAACGGACGAGCUGUCCAACCUCCUGCGCUGCUCGUCCUACUCCCCCAGCGAGGAGCACCGAGGCAGCUGCGCCUCGGACUCCUCCGACUCUGUCAUCUCCACCGGCAGCGAGGCGGAAUCCCAAGUGUACAAAGUGGUUCUUCUCGGGGAGCACGGCGUCGGCAAAUCCAGUCUGGCGCGCGUUUUUGGAGGAGUUGAGGAUGUCGGUCACGACUAUGAUGAAGCAGGAAACACCUAUGAUAGAUCUCUUGUGGUGGAUGAAGAAGAGGCUUCUAUUCUGUUGUAUGACAUCUGGGAGCAGGAUAACAGCCAGUGGCUGAAGGAUCAGUGCAUGAGGAUGGGCGACGCCUACAUCAUUGUGUAUUCGGUGACAGAUAAAUCAAGCUUUGAGAAGGCAUCGGAGCUUCGCAUUCAGCUGCGACGCGCCAGACAGUCAGAAAACAUUCCCAUAAUCCUUGUGGGCAACAAGAGUGACCUUGUGCGAUCCAGAGAAGUUUCUGUAGAUGAGGGAAGCGCCUGUGCGGUCGUGUUCGACUGCAAAUUUAUUGAGACGUCUGCGUCUCUUCACCACAACGUGCAGGAUCUAUUCGAGGGCAUUGUCAGACAGAUUCGCUUGAGGAAAGACAGCAAAGAGGAGAACGCACGACGCAUGGCCAACUGCAGGCGCAGGGAGAGCAUCAGCAAGAAGGCCAAGCGGUUUCUGGGGCGCAUGGUUGCACGCAAGAACAAGAAAAUGGCUUUCAGGCAGAAGUCGAAGUCCUGCCAUGACCUCACCGUUCUCUGAGCGGCACACAGGACAGAAAGACUUUUUUUUUUUUUCCUUUUGGCCUCUGAAGACCUGAUGCUGUGUGUGUUUAAACACUAAUCCUAAAGGACUAAUAGAGCUGUACAAAAUAUAUUUUUUGUUUUUUAGACAUUCAUUCUUUAUGAAAACAGAAAGCGGUGAAAGAAAAUAGCUCAUGUUUUAAAAGUCACAUCCUGAUGGUGGUGCAUGAAACUUUGCAAACAUGGUACUUCAUUUAAUAAUCUGCCUUAAACAUUUUGCAAUGACGAGAAGAACCUUUAGUAAGACUAAAUCUUAUAUCCAACGGGUUGCAAAGAUUGCCUUGUUUUUGAAUAGUCGUGAUGUUUUAGUGCACAGGAUUGGUGUAAAUAGGAGAGAUGCCGAAGGCAGCAAACAUCUCGCCACUCUCUGAGAUUACAUUACUAGGUUAUCUGGAAUCAUAUUUACUUGAAACAUGGUGCGCAGGUUCGUACCAUGGCCAAGUUACCAAGAAAAGUAAAUCUCAGUUACUGUUUGUUGUUCAAAUACACUGAAUACAGGUUGUGAUUGUAUGAGUCAAGCAAUAAGUUAUAUAUUAGUCUUGUGAACCUUGAUAUGAAUGAAAAUGUUUUGUUUACUUUGAUUUUGUUUCUAAAUAAAAAAGUAAAAUCCAA